AUGCGUACGGGGGCGUGUACGACUGUGCACUCUGUCAUCGUCCCCACUGCCUACCGCGCCUGUCCAUUCUCUCAGUCCCGCACUGCCUUGCUUUUUCGCCUCGGUCUCCUGUCAUCGAUGCGUUGCUCCAUGACGUGGGUGCAGAUGUUCUGUGACCUGAUGAACCGGCCUAACUCUUGCAGUUUUCACUUCAUUAUCGUCACGUCAACGUGUCUCCCUCUGUUCCCCAGGCAGGACCGACUCGUUUGUUUUGUGGUCUGUUCAGCUGCACGAUUCUAUCCUCAUUUGCAUUCUAACCACUUACACCUUCUCUACUCUUACCAUUACUCAUAUAUUUUCACUCUUCUUACAACCCACUCUUUCUCUCUCUACCCUCUUUUUCUCUCUAUUUUCAUUUUUCUCUAUCCUCUUUUUUCUCUAUUCUCACUUUCUCUCAACUUUCUUUUUCUCUCUACCCCCAUUUUCUCUCUACCACCCACUUUCUUUCUGUCGUCUUUUUCUCUUUACCCUAACUUUCUUUCUGUCCUCUUUUCUCCUUACCCUCUUUGUCUCUCUAUCCUCACUUUCUAUCUAUCCUCUUUUUCUCUCUACUCUCACUUUCUCUCUACUUUCUUUUUCUAUCUAUCUUCAUUUUCUCUUUACCCCCACUUUCUCUCUAUCCUCUUUUUCUCUUUACACUCACUUUCUCUCUACCCUCUUUUCUCUCUACUCUCAUUUUCAUUCUACCCUCUUUUUCUCUCUACCCUCUUUUUUUCUCUAAGCAAACUUUUCUCUUUGGCUAUCUAUAUUCUUCCCUCAUUUACUCUCUACCCCCUUUUCUCUCACUUUCUCUCUACACCACUUCCCCUCUCAUUUCCUCGCUAUCCUUUCCUCCCUCAUUAUCUUUCUACAUCAUUUCCCCUCUCAUUUCUCCUCUAUCCUUUCCUCCCUCAUUAUCUUUCUACAUCAUUUCCCCUCUCAUUUCUCCUCUAUCCUUUCCUCCCUCAUUAUCUUUCUACAUCAUUUCCCCUCUCAUUUCUCCUAUACCCUUUCCUCCCUCAUUAUCUUUUUACACCACUUUCCCUUUCAUUUCUCUUCUGUCCAAUCCUCCCUCAUUAUCUUUCUACACCAUUUCCCCCCUCAUUUCUCCUCUAUCCUUUCCUCCCUCAUUAUCUUUCUACAUCAUUUCCCCUCUCAUUUCUCCUCUACCCAUUCCUCCCUCAUUAUCUUUUACACCAUUUCCCCCCUCAUUUCUUCUCUAUCCUUUACUCCCUCAUUAUCUCUCUACACUACUUCCCCUCUCAUUUCUUCUAUACCCUUUCCUCCCUCAUUAUCUUUCUACACCAUUUCCCCCCUCAUUUCUUUUCUAUCCUUUUCUCCCAAAUUAUCUCUCUAACCCUAUUCCUCUCCUAUUUUGUGACUACACCGAUUCCUUCCUCAAUUAACUCUUUCCAUUCCUUCUUCAUUUUUCUUUCUAUCCUUUGUCACUCUUCAUUUUCUCUCUACCCCUAUCUGUUCCUCUUUUUCUCCUCUUUGUUUGUAUUCUUCGCUUAUAUAUUCUUCAUUUUCUCACUCUCUCUCUUUUAUAACCUCCUACUUUCCCCCCUAAUCUUGGUCUCUCUGCACAUUUUCUCCUCCCUUCUACCCUCUCCUCCUCUUUCAUAUUCUCUUCGCCCCCAUUCCUCUCUCAUUUAUCUCUAUAGCUCCUUUCUACCCAAUUUGCGCUCUACCCUCUCCUCCUCCUUAUUCUCUAUACCUAACUUUCUCCCUAAUUUUCUUACCAGCCUUUUCGCCACCACAUUUUCUCUCUAA